UAGCAUAGUUACAAAGAUAAUUGUGUUACUACUAUUCAAAGUACCAUAUUACAUAAUCAUCAUCUUUAUAUCCAAUUCUAUGACUUUUGAUAAAAUAUUAGCUAUUCAACAUUCAUGUUUAAAUAAUGAAUAUAAUAAUGAUAAUAAUUAUAUAUGUGUUAUGAAUAAUAUUCCUAAAAAAUGUUUGAAAUGUAAUGAAAACAUAGAAUAUAAUAAAAUUAUUCAAUUGUUACCACCCUAUUCAAAUGCACAUACUUCCAUUAUGUUUACAUCAUAUCCAUUAACAAGGAUUGCAUUUAUUUCAUCGAAUAGUAACAGUAAUAGUACUGGUGGUAGUAGUAGUAGUAGUAGUAGUAGUAGUAGUAGUAGUAGUAGUAGUAGUAGUAGGGGUAGUAGUAGUAUUAGUAGUACUAUUAGUAGUAUUGUAUAUGAUCAAUCAAAUAUAAGCUUACAUUGUGGUGUAGUCGAUUCAAUAGGUAAAGUUUAUCAUUAUACUAAACAAUAUGGUAUACAAUAUGAUUUAAUUGGUUGGGAACAAUCUAUUAUUAUAAAUUUAUCAGAAAUAAUUCAAUGUGAAUAUUUAACAUGUUCAAUAUGGAAUGAAAAAAUUUAUAGUUUCGUCAAUCAUUUAAAACAAUCUCUUCACCAUGGUAACAAUGAUGAUUAUGAUUGUUUAGAUUUUGUUAUAGAUAUUAUAAAAUAUGCUAUGAAUAAUACAAAAAUAAAUCGUAUCUUAAUAGCACAAUGGUUAUCUAUACAAUUUGAAUCGGUUAUAUUAUAUGAGGAUAUAAUGAAACAAUUACAAUCUGGUUCAUUACAAGUGAUUAGUAAACUUCAUCAUCUUGUUACUUGUCAAUUAUAAUAAUGUAACAUACUUAUGAAUCAAAUGAACAGGUAUCUAUUUCAUUACAUUACAUUACAAUAUUUAUGCCGGUUAAUCCUCAUGAAGGAGUAUAGGCCGUCAAUCAACAUUCUCCAUUCAACUCUGUUCUGGGCGAUCCUUUUCAGCUCUUUCUAGUUGUUAUUGAUCAAUUGAAUAUGUAUCUAUUUCAUCACAUUAUGUCACAUUAAUUACGACUAUUAAUCCUCAUGAAGGAGUAUAGGCCGUCAAUCAACAUUCUCUAUUCAACUCUAUUCUGAAUGAUCCUUUUCAGUUCUUUCUAGUUGUUAUUGAUUAAUUGAAUGUGUAUCUAUUUCAUCACAUUACCUCACAUUAAUUACGACUAUUAAUCCUCAUGAAGGAGUAUAGGCCGUCAAUCAACAUUCUCUAUUCAACUCUAUUCUGAAUGAUCCUUUUCAGUUCUUUCUAGUUGUUAUUGAUUAAUUGAAUGUGUAUCUAUUUCAUCACAUUACCUCACAUUAAUUACGACUAUUAAUCCUCAUUGAGGAGUUUAGGCCGUCAAUCAACAUUCUCCAUUCAACUCUGUUCUCGGCGAUCCUUUUCAGCUCUCUCUAGUUGUUAUUGAUCAAUUGAAUGUGUAUCUAUUUCAUCACAUUAUCUCACAUUAAUUACGACUAUUAAUCCUCAUUGAGGAGUUUAGGCCGUCAAUCAACAUUCUCCAUUCAACUUUGUUCUGGGCAAUCCUUUUCAGAUAUCUGCUUCUAUUUCCCAAUGGAAUGUAUUCUUUGGUUUUACACUAUUCUAUCUAUUUCAUAUUGUUAAAACUUUAUUGAAAUUAUGAAACGAUUAUUGUGUUUAGAACAGAAAUGAGUUUUUACUAAUCAAUAAAAGAAUUUGAUCAUUGUUC